AUGGUGGUGCUGUCAGCUUGGCCCGCGGAGGUGCUGAUGCCCCACACAGUGCAGAGCCCCAAGUCCGGGCAGAGCCCAAAGAGCGCCCCGAGCCCCAAGUCCGAGCCCGUGACGCCUCGGCAGCGCCAGCAGGCCUUCUAUGCCUCAUCCUUCCGCGGCGCAGUCAACGGGGCCAUGACGGCCGACCACAUGAACCCCAGCGACCCGGCCAGGCAGCUCCAGGUGAGCGCGGACAACACGAAGGCCUGCGCCUUCGAUUCUCCGAAGACCUGGUUUGACAUGGGGGAGACUCACUUCCAGGGUUCCGGACGUUAG